GGACAAUGGCAGUAAACAUUGAGGCAGAAAGAAGCUUUGCUAGGAGAGAUCAAUUGCUCAAGAUACAGUCACAGAUCCAAAAGCUUUGGGAAGAAGAAAAGAUUUUUGAGGCUACUUCCAGAAGCACGCCACCUGAUCCAGGUGAGAAGUUCUUUGGAAAUUUCCCUUACCCUUAUAUGAACGGGAUUUUGCAUCUGGGCCAUGCCUUCUCUCUAUCAAAGCUUGAGUUUGCUGCGGCCUACCAUCGGCUUUGUGGUCAAAAUGUUCUCCUUCCUUUUGCAUUCCAUUGCACAGGUAUGCCCAUCAAGGCAUCAGCUGAUAAGCUCGCAAGAGAGAUGGAACGGUAUGGAAACCCACCUUUAUUUCCUUCAGAGGAGGAUUUUACAGAUGAGAUUGAAGAGAGAAAAAUUGAAGAGGGAAAUUUAGUAGCCCCUGAUAAGUUCAAGAGCAAACGGUCAAAAGCUACUGCAAAAUUUGGAAGGGAGAAGUUUCAGUGGGAGAUUAUGAGGAGCUUUGGACUUCCAGACCAAAAAAUUGCUGAAUUCAAAGAUCCAAAUCGAUGGCUUAAUUAUUUCCCUCCUUUGGCAAAAGAAGAUCUCAAGUCUUUCGGCCUUGGUUGUGACUGGCGGCGCAGUUUCAUUACCACUGAUAUGAAUCCUUUUUAUGAUUCUUUUGUUAAGUGGCAGAUGAGAAAGCUUAAGGGCAUGGGUAAGAUUAUGAAGGAUAUGAGGUACACUAUCUACUCUCCAUUGGAUGGUCAGCCAUGUGCUGAUCAUGACCGAGCUUCAGGUGAAGGUGUUCAGCCACAAGACUAUGUUCUGAUUAAAAUGGAGGUCAUCCCUCCAUUUCCAUCGAAGUUCAAAAUGUUGGAAGGCCGAAACAUCUUCCUGGCGGCAGCAACAUUACGGCCUGAAACAAUGUAUGGGCAAACAAACUGUUGGGUACUUCCUGAGGGCAAGUAUGGAGCUUUCGAAAUUAAUGAGACUGAUGUUUUCAUUCUUACACAAAGGUCUGCACUUAACCUUGCAUAUCAGAAGGUAUCUAGAGUUCCGGAGAAGGCAACGUGCUUGCUCUAGUUGUCUGGUCUGGAUCUUAUUGGUUUGCGACUAAAGUCCCCACUUUCUUUCAAUCCAGUAAUAUACGCUCUUCACAUGCUUAUAAUCUUAACAGAUAAGGGUACGGGAAUUGUGACUAGUGUGCCCAGUGACUCACCAGAUGACUACAUGGCAUUGAAAGAUUUGAAAUCAAAAGAAGGAUUAAGAUCAAAUUUUGGAGUUAAGGAUGAGGGGUUGCUGUUUGAUAUUAUUCCUAUUAUUAACAUCCUAGACUUUGGUGAUAAAUUUGCAGAGAAGGUAUGCCAUGAUUUGAAAAUAAAGAGCCAAAAUGACAAAGAGAAGCUUGUUGAGGCUAAAAGAUUGACAUAUUUGAAGGGUUUCACUGAUGGAAGAAUGCUUGUGGGUGAGUUCGAAGGGAUGAAGGUUUAGGAAGCCAAGCCAUUAAUAAAAAUUUUACUUCUUGAGACUGGACAAGCAGUUAUAUAUAGCGAGCCUGAAAAAAAAGUCAUGUCAAGAUCAGAUGAUGAAUGUGUGGUGGCUUUAACGGAUCAGUGGUACAUAAAAUAUGGCGAGGAGGAGUGGAAAAAGAAGGCAAAAGAUUGUUUAUCAAAUAUGAAGCUCUACUCUGAGGAAACCCGUCAUGGUUUUGAGCAUACACUGAGCUGGUUGAAUCAAUGGGCUUGUUCAAGGUCAUUUGGACUUGGCACUCGGCUUCCAUGGGAUGAGCAGUUCCUUGUGGAAUCAUUGUCUGAUUCAACUUUUUACAUGGCAUAUUACACUAUUGCUCACCUUCUACAAGAUGGUAAUAUGUAUGGUUCAGUUUCCUCAUCAAUUACACCUGAACAAAUGACUGAUGAAGUUUGGGAUUAUAUCUUUGUCGGCGGGCAGUCACCCACAUCGGAUAUUCCUUCAUCUAUCCUUAACCAAAUGAAGCAAGAGUUUGAAUAUUGGUACCCUUUCGAUCUUCGUGUAUCUUGCAAAGAUUUAAUCCAGAAUCACCUUACAUUUUGCAUCUAUAACCACACAGCUCUUGUACCUAGUCAUUACUGGCCACGUGGGUUCCGCUGCAACGGACAUAUCAUGCUCAAUUCAGAGAAGAUGUCCAAGUCCACCAGAAAUUUUAGAACUCUUCGACAGGCAAUUGAGGAAUUUUCUACUGAUGCUACUAGAUUCUCACUUGCAGAUGCUGGGGAUGCUAUGGAUGAUGCAAACUUUGUUUUCGAAACUGCAAAUGCUGCAAUAUUGAGGCUGACCAAAGAGAUUUCUUGGAUAGAGGAAGUCUUGGCUGCAGAUUCAUCUCUGCGUGCUGGGCCACCAUCUACCUAUGCUGAUCAUGCAUUUGACAAUGAAAUAAACAUUGCUGUGCAUUUGACUGAACAAAACUAUAAUGACUAUAUGUUCAGAAAUGCUCUAAAAACAGGUUUUUAUGACCUUCAGGCUGCUAGAGAUGAGUACCGGAUUUCUUGUGGGUCAAUGGGCAUGAAUCGCGAAUUAUUGCGACGGUUUAUGGAUGCUCAAACAAGACUUAUUGCUCCUAUCUGCCCGCACUAUGCAGAGUUUGUUUGGAAAUUCCUUUUGAAGAAGGAUGGUUUUGUGGUAAAUGCCGGUUGGCCUUCUGCAGCUUCUCCUGAUCUCACUCUUCAGCGAGCUAACAAGUAUUUGCAGGAUUCAAUUAUUUUAAUGAGAAAGCUGCUUCAGAAACAACUCUCAAGUUCAAAGAAGAGUAAGAAGAUUGCUAAUUUAAAUUCAGAAGAUAAUAUGCUUACUGGUUGUCUUAUUUAUGUUAAUGAGAAAUACGAUGGCCGGAAAGAAGAAUGUUUAAUGGUACUUCAAAGGAAAUUUGACAGACAAAGCGGUUCUUUUAAAUCUGAAAAGGAAAUAUUGGAAGAACUGAAAGAAAGCUCUAUUGGGAAUGAUAUGAGCUUGAAACAGAUACAGAAACUUUGUAUGUCUUUUAUUAAGUUUAAGAUGGACGAUGCAUUGCAUGUCGGUGUUCAUGCACUUGAUCUGAAGCUGCCUUUCGAUGAGAUCGAGGUUCUUCGAGAAAACUUGGACUUGAUAAGAAGACAGCUCGGCCUCAAGCAUGUUGAAAUCUUGUCGUCAUCUGAUGAGUCUGCUUACAGGAAAGCUGGGCCUUUUAUAAAUUUAUUGAUUCAGAAUCCUCCUUCACCUGGGAAUCCAGUUUCUAUCUUCUUGAGCAAGGUACAAUUUUCUCAAAUUGCUGGGAGCUCCAGUCUGACUGUUUAACUGCUUUGUCUUCAUCUGCUAUUGAAUUUUGUUGUUCAUACUCUAUUUUAAUUAUCAAUAGUUUUAAUUCUUGA